AUGGCGUCGUCGCAAGGUCCAGGUCCAGACCCCAGCGAGCGCAUCUUCGUGGAUCUACGAAGCAAGAAUGAUGAAGUCAAGAACAAGGCUGCAGCAGAGCUGCGUGACUUGAUCACAUUGCUCUCGAGAGAAUGGUCCCCCGAACGCUUCAGCGCAUUCUACGACAGAGUUACCACCCGCAUCAGCAACCUCAUCGUGCAGGCGCCAGACCCAAGUGACAAGGUCGGAGGAGUCCUCGCCUUGGACCGACUUAUAGACUGCGAGGCAAUCGAUCCGGCUCAGAAGGCUUCAAAAUAUUCCAAUUACCUGCGUGCAGCCUUGAAGAGCAAUGACUACAGUGUGCUGGAUGCGGCCAGUCGAGCGCUGGGCCAUCUGGCUCGACCCGGGGGCGCAUACACAGCGGAGCUUGUGGAAGCCGAAAUGACAUCGGCCUUCGAAUGGUUGCAACCAGAAAGCAAGCAGGAAAGUCGCAAGCUGGCAGCAGUGCUUCUCAUCCGCGAGCUGGCCAAAAAUUCACCUACCCUUGUGUACGGCUUCAUUCCUCAGAUUUUCGAGCUCAUCUGGAAUGCCUUGCGAGACCCCAAAGACCUCAUACGCCGAGUCGCCGCCCAGUCUGUUAGCGCAUGCUUUGGUGUGAUGGUUGCAAGAGACACGCAGUUCCAAAAUCAUUGGUUUGCCAAAAUAUACUCCAAGACACUCGAGGGUUUCCGACCCAACACCUCGGUGGAUGAGACGCUGGGCUCUCUUCUGAUCCUGAACGAACUGCUGCAACAAGGGAACAUGUUCAUGCACGACUUCUACAGAAAUGCCUGCGAAACUGUGCUCCGGCUGAAGGACCACCGGGAUCCCAGAAUUCGUACCCAGAUUGUCCAGAUCAUUCCAGUCCUGGCCGAGUAUGCUCCUCUCGAAUUCAUCAACAACUACCUGCACAAGUUCAUGAUUUACCUCCAAGCGCAGCUCAAGCGGGAGAAGGAACGCAACCAAGCAUUUAUCGCCAUUGGCCAGAUAGCGGAUGCAGUUGGUAGUGCUAUUGCCCAAUAUCUCGAUGGCAUCAUUCUCUACAUCCGGGAAUCGCUCAGUGCGAAGACUAAGAACCGAGCUGCGGUCGAUGAGGGCCCGAUGUUCAAGUGUAUUAGUAUGCUUGCGGGAGCGGUCGGCCAGACACUUAGCAAGUACAUGGAGGCUCUCCUUGAUCCGAUUUUCGCUUGCGGUCUCACCGAACCCAUGGAACAAGCUCUCGAAGACAUGGCACACCACAUCCCACCGAUCCGAGCAACCAUUCAGGACAAGUUGUUGGAUCUUCUGAGUUUGAUACUUGUCCGCACACCUUACAGGCCGCUGGGGUGCCCGCCGAAUACUUCACCACCCCUGCCAUCGUUUGCAAAGGACUAUGGAGGCAUGCCCGCCGAGCACAAGGACUACGAGGUCACGCUGGCUCUCAAGACCUUGGGAAAGUUUGAUUUCUCAGGUCAUAUACUUAACGAGUUUGUGAGGGACGUCACACUUCGCUAUGCCACCAACGACAACCCGGAAAUCCGGCGCGCAGCUGCACUCACCUGCUGCCAACUGUUCAUGCAAGACCCCAUCCUGCAUCAGACCAGCAACAAUGCUAUUCAGGUGGUUGGCGAAGUGGUGGACAAGCUAUUGACUGUUGCCGUUGGUGAUCCGGAUGCUGACAUACGAGUGACUGUCCUUCGAGCCCUGGAUAGGAAGUUCGACAAGCAUUUGGCCCGGCCAGAGAACAUCCGCUGUCUCUUUUUGGCUGUCAACGACGAGGUCUUCGCUGUUCGCGAGGCUGCCAUCGAAAUUAUCGGGAGGUUGACGACUGUGAAUCCGGCUUAUGUAUUUCCGCCUUUGCGGAAGCUAUUGGUCAAUCUGCUCACUGGACUUGGUUACUCUAAUACAGCGAAGCAAAAGGAGGAGUGCGCCCGUCUGAUCAGCUUGUUUGUCUCCAACGCUACUUCUCUCGUCAGGACUUACGUGGAAGCCAUGGUUUCAGCUCUUCUGCCAAAGGCAACCGACCCAAAUCCAGGGGUCGCUUCGACAACCAUCAAGGCGCUCGGAGAUCUCACUUCUGUUGGCGGAGACGAAAUGGCUCACCAUAUUCCGGAGCUCAUGCCAAUCAUCAUCGACGCCCUGCAGGAUCUCGCUUCACACGAGAAGCGUGAAGCCGCUAUGAAGACCCUGCGUUCCCUUGCAAUCAACUCACAAUAUGUGAUCGAUCCAUAUCUGGACUAUCCCGAACUUCUCGGAAUCCUGAUCAACAUAAUCAAAACAGAGGCACACGAAGAGCUGAGGACAGAUGCUAUCAAGCUCGUUGGUGUCCUGGGUGCUCUGGAUCCCUAUAAGUACCAACAGCUAAGCGAAUCUGUCGCAGAGAAGCAAAGCAAGGCAGAGACCCAACCGGUAUCGGAUGUCGCAUUGAUCAUGCAAGGUCUGACGCCGUCCAACGAGGAAUUCUAUCCGACAGUGGUGAUCAACACGCUCAUGCAAACUAUACUCGCGGACCACACCCUCGUUCAGUAUCACAGUGCCGUGAUCGAUGCGGUUGUGACUAUUUUCAAGACGAUUGGCAUGAAGUGUGUUCCAUUCCUGGGUCAAAUAAUCCCUGGGUUCCUCGGUGUCAUUCGCAGCUCUCCUCCUCCUCGCCUGGAGUCAUAUUUCAACCAACUUGCAGUGCUUGUCAAUAUUGUCCGUCAACAUAUUCGUGCUUUCUUGCCCGAAAUCAUCGAGGUCAUUCGAGAAUUCUGGAACGUGUCGAGACAGGUUCAAUCAACGAUAUUGUCCUUGAUUGAGGCCAUCUCCAAGUCUUUGGAAGGCGAAUUUCGCAGGUACUUGGCAGGUCUGUUGCCGCUCAUGCUAGGUGUGAUUGAAAACGACACAGAUCUAAGGAGAGAAUCCUCCAUCCGCAUCCUGCACACUUUUCUAGUCUUUGGCUCUAGCGGAGAAGAGUACAUGCAUAUGAUUGUACCGGCAAUUGUUGGCAUUUUCGAAAAUCCCGCAGCACCUCCGAACGCCCGCAGGGCAGCAAUCGAUACUCUGGGAAAAUUGUCUCGCACGGUCAAUGUCACGGACUUUGCGUCGCUCAUGAUUCAUCCGUUGGCAAAGAUACUAUCUUCUCCUGAGAAAGUCGUGACAAACUCUUCUGAACGGUCACUGAAGUCUGCUGCGCUAGACUGCAUCUGCGCACUGAUCUAUCAUCUUGGACAGGAUUUUGUGCACUAUUUGCCUCUCAUCGAACGGUCUACCAAGGCGGGCCAAAUCAACUCUGAGAGGUUCCAGAAAUUGAUUGAGAAUUUCAAGAGUGGCAAGGCUCUACCUGUCGAUUUUUACCCAGAAGAACAAUAUGGGACGGCGGCGGAAGACACCAGUUACUCCAAUAUCACCUCGAUGAGGCUUCCAGUCAAUCAGCAACAUCUAAAAAGUGCUUGGGACACCUCUCAGAAAUCAACGAAGGAGGAUUGGCAGGAGUGGAUGCGCCGUUUCAGCGUCGAACUGUUGAAGGAGUCUCCUUCCCACGCUCUGCGGGCUUGCGCGAGCUUGGCUGGUGUUUAUCAGCCACUGGCCAAAUAUCUUUUCAAUUCCGCGUUCGUCUCGUGUUGGACUGAGUUAUAUGAUCAGUAUCAGGAACAACUCAUCCAGUCCUUUGAGAAGGCCCUGAUCUCUCCAAAUAUUCCUCCCGAUAUCUUGCAGACGCUACUCAAUCUAGCAGAGUUCAUGGAACAUGAUGACAAAUCUCUUGCAAUCGACCUUCGGACACUGGGACGAUACGCUGCCAAAUGCCAUGCGUUCGCCAAAGCACUCCAUUACAAGGAACUCGAGUUUGAGCAGGAUCAAAAUAGCCAGAGUGUUGAAGCUCUGAUCAGCAUCAAUAACCAACUCCAACAAUCUGACGCGGCUAUUGGCAUUCUCCGAAGAGCGCAAGUCUUCGGUGAAGUCGAAUUGAAGGAGGCCUGGUUCGAAAAGCUGCAGCGAUGGGAAGAAGCUCUGGCAGCAUAUCAGAAGCGAGAGAAGAUCGAGCCAGACAAUUUUGAUGUUGUGAUGGGCAAGAUGAGAUGUCUACACGCUUUGGGCGAGUGGAAAAUGCUGUCUGAGAUCGCACAAGAGCACUGGAACAGCGCCUCGACGGAGAACCGCAAGAACAUGUCUGCUCUGGCUGCAGCAGCGGCUUGGGGUAGAGGCGAGUGGGACUUGAUGGACAACUACAUCAGCGUCAUGAAAGAGAGUUCACCCGACCGGGCAUUUUUCGGUGCCAUCCUCGCCAUUCAACGCAACAACUUUGGAGAAGCCCGCAAUUUUAUCAUCCGGGCACAAGAUGGUGUCAACUCAGAGAUUGCGGCAACAAUCGGCGAAUCUUACAAUCGUGCUUACAGCGUAGUGGUCAGAGCACAAAUGCUUGCAGAGCUUGAAGAAAUCAUCCUUUUCAAGCAAAGCGAGGGCAAUCUUGAGAAGCAAAAUGCCAUGAAAGUGCUGUGGAACAAGAGACUCCUCGGGUGCGAAUCCAACGUUGAGGUCUGGCAGCGAAUGCUCAAGGUUAGAGCCCUUGUCCUCACGCCUUCAGAGAACCCGGAUAUCUGGAUCAAGUUUGCAAACCUCUGUCGGAAAUCGGAACGUAUCGGGUUGGCAGAAAGAUCACUGUCCUCCCUAGGAGGUAGCGGCGACCUUGCUGCUACUGGUCCCGGCGCGGCACCGCCUCCUGUUGCAUAUGCUCGUCUCAAGUUCACUUGGGCGACGGGGAACCAACAGCAAGCUUUGACAUACUUGCGUGACUUCACAACCCAUUUGGCUGACGAAUACCAACAAGCCAACACUGUUCUGGCAAGUGGUGCACACAACGACAGAAUGAAUAAUAUGAAUGGUCUUGAUAUGAACGGGCAUGACACGAUAGCUCAGAGAAGGAGACACGAGGACUUAGAAAAAUGUGCGAAGCUCCUUGCGAAGUGCUACCUCCGACAGGGAGAAUGGCAAUCCUACCUGCUGAGGGGCGAUUGGACAAGUCCCCGAGCUCAGGAUCCUGUACGAGACAUACUCAACUCGUACCAAUUGGCGACACAAUAUAACGAGUCAUGGUACAAAGCAUGGCAUGCUUAUGCACUGGCGAACUUCGAAGUCGUCACAUCUAUGGCAUCCCAUACUGACCAGGACAAAGUCCGCAACCUUCCUGAACAUAUUAUCCAGAACCAUGUUGUUCCUGCCAUUGGAGGCUUCUUCCGGUCAAUUGCGCUCUCCAAAACAAGCUCGCUCCAAGACACACUUCGUCUGUUGACGCUCUGGUUUGCUCAUGGCGGCCACAGUGAAGUCAACCAAGUGGUGAUCGAGGGAUUUGCUUCUGUCAGCAUUGAUACCUGGUUGGAAGUCAUUCCCCAAUUGAUCGCUAGAAUCAAUCAACCAAACGCGAGAGUGCGAGCAGCAGUGCAUAGGCUACUCGCAGAAGUUGGGAAAGCGCAUCCUCAAGCACUCGUCUAUCCGUUGACGGUUGCAAUGAAAUCAUCGGUCGCGCGACGAGCGAAUUCCGCAACCCAAAUCAUGGAUAGCAUGAGAACACACAGCCCUCGACUUGUUGAGCAAGCAGACCUGGUUAGCCACGAACUCAUCAGGGUCGCAGUGCUUUGGCAUGAGCUUUGGCACGAAGGUCUAGAGGAAGCAUCUCGCUUGUACUUUGGCGAUCAUGAUGUCGAGGGGAUGCUUGCCACCCUAGCUCCCCUCCACGAGCUGCUUGAUCGAGGUGCCGAAACUCUUAGAGAGGUGUCAUUUGCUCAAGCGUUUGGCCACGACCUUGCGGAGGCUCGGGCUUUUUGCAACGCUUUCCGCCGCUCGAAAGAAAUUGGCGAUCUCAAUCAAGCCUGGGAUUUGUACUAUGCGGUAUUCCGAAAGAUUGCGAGGCAACUCCCCCAGUUGAUGAGCCUCGACCUCAAAUACGUAUCGCCUCGACUAAAGGAUGCUCAUGAUCUCGACCUUGCGGUUCCUGGUACCUACCAAUCUGGCAAGCCCAUAAUUAGGAUUGUGAGCUUUGAUCACGUUCUGACUGUGAUACCUUCCAAGCAACGACCUAGAAAGAUGACACUCAAAGGAUCAGAUGGCGUGUCGUACGCGUUCCUCCUCAAGGGUCACGAAGAUAUCAGACAAGACGAGCGUGUAAUGCAGCUGUUCGGCCUUGUCAACACUCUUCUCAAUAACGACACCGAAUCAUUCAAGCGACAUCUGAACAUUCAACGCUUCCCAGCAAUACCGCUAUCGCAGAACUCUGGACUGUUGGGCUGGGUGCCUAACUCAGAUACCCUUCAUAACUUAGUCAAAGAGUAUCGCGAGUCAAGACGCAUCUUACUAAAUAUUGAGCACAGAAUCAUGCUACAAAUGGCACCUGACUAUGAUAACCUCACGCUCAUGCAGAAGGUGGAGGUUUUCGGAUACGCAAUGGACAACACCACCGGCAAAGACUUGUACCGUGUGCUCUGGCUCAAGUCUAAGAGCUCCGAGGCUUGGCUGGAUCGACGAACGAACUACACCCGCUCUCUUGCUGUUAUGUCAAUGGUUGGCUAUAUUCUCGGUUUGGGAGACCGCCAUCCGUCAAAUCUCAUGCUUGACCGUAUCACCGGCAAGAUCAUCCAUAUUGACUUCGGUGAUUGUUUUGAAGUGGCCAUGCACCGCGAAAAAUACCCAGAAAGAGUUCCCUUCCGACUGACCCGGAUGCUCACAUUCGCCAUGGAGGUCAGCAAUAUCGAAGGAUCGUUCCGCAUAACGUGCGAAAACGUCAUGCGCGUCAUCCGCGAGAACAAGGAGUCAAUUCUGGCAGUACUUGAAGCCUUCAUCCAUGACCCUCUGCUUAACUGGCGUCUCAACACCCGCGAGUCUCCACCCCGACCACACUUCCGCUCUGAACGCAGACAGAGCAUUAUUGAUGCCCCAGGUGGACAGGGAGGAGACUAUGAUCGCAGUCCAAUGGAGAGUGCGAACAACCCGGCCGCAAUGAUGAAUGCCCCGGGACAAAGCCAUGUUGGUGCUCCCCCAGGCCGUCGACACCGACGCAGCAGUGUUCUUGAUCCAGCCAUGGUAGGCGGAAGUGUCCUUGAAAAGGGAUCGGACAACAAUGCUGCAGCUCAGGAAGCGAAGGAGGUACAAAAUGCCCGAGCAUUGCAGGUCUUGGCUCGCGUCAAGGAGAAAUUGACCGGACGUGACUUCAAGCCCGCGGCGCCAGGAACUCCCUCGUAUGCUAUUGCAACGGCCCUUCGCGCGGACAUUAACGGACUUGGUCUCGAGUCACUCAUGAACGUGAACGGCGGAGCGAUGAACAACUUGACCAACGGCGCAAUUGGGGCCGUGAACAUGCAGCCACACGACAAGCAAGUCUCGAUUGCGGGAACAGCGCCCGAAACGACCAUGGCAGGGAUUGGUGGGUUGGGGGUUGCGGAGCAGGUGGAUCGCUUGAUUUUGCAGGCGACGAACGUGGAGAAUCUGUGUCAGCAUUAUAUCGGGUGGUGUUCAUUCUGGUGA